AUGGGUUACGACUUUGAUGAGGUCUCCGAAUGCUCGGACUUGAGCUCUCUCCCGUCAUCUCGGGCAUGCUCACCAGAACCUGCGGAACGCUACCCGACCCCAUCAUCCCAAGCUGAAUCUGGCGCUGAGAGUUCUGCACGCCAAGCCCGUCCCGCAAAGAGGAGACGCAACCCCCUACCGAAAGAACGGACCACCCAAUAUCUCGAUCUCUCUAAAUGCCUCUAUGAACAAAAUGACCAGCACUAUUUGCUCGUCCAGACCCUUCGCCACCAGAAGGAUAUUGUCGUCAUCGCUGGUGCCGGCAUUUCCACCGCCGCCGGUAUUCCAGACUUCCGUUCCACAGAUGGUCUCUUUAAAUCUCUACAGAAGAAGCAUAACCUAAAGGCUUCUGGCAAGCUUCUCUUCGAUGCUGCUGUCUACCAGGAUGACGCAUUGACCCUACCCUUCCACGAAAUGGUCCGGUCGCUGUCCGAGGAAGCUGCCAAGACUAAACCCACCGCCUUCCACGAGAUGCUCGCCCGUCUAGGUACUGAGUCUCGCCUGAAACGACUGUACACCCAGAACAUCGAUGGCAUUGAAACCUCCAUGGGACCAUUGGCCACCGAAGUCCCGCUUGAUGUCAAGGGUGGCUGGCCGGUGACGAUUCAAUUGCACGGCAGUAUUGAGAAGAUGGUCUGCCAGAAGUGUCGCUUCCUCUGCGACUUCAAUGGCGAUAUGUUCACAGAAGCAGACCCGCCCGCUUGCAAAGAAUGCGAGGGUCACGAUCAAGCUCGCCUCGCUACCGGUCAGCGGAGCCACGGAAUUGGACGUAUGCGCCCUCGGAUCGUUCUCUACAACGAGCACAACCCCGACGAAGAGGCUAUCACGUCGGUCAUGAACUCCGAUAUCAAAUCCCGCCCUCGUGUUCUCAUCGUUGCUGGUACUAGCUUAAAGAUCCCCGGAGUUCGCCGCCUUGUCAAGAGCUUGUGCGCGACAAUUCGGAGUCGCAAGGACGGCGUGACAAUGUUUAUCAACAACGAACCGCCGAGCGGGAAGGAGUUCGAUGACUGCUUUGACUUGAUCGUCCAGGGCUCUUGUGAUGAAGUGGCACGCCAGGCGAACCUGAAAUCAUGGACCUCGGAGGAUAUCAGCGAGUGCGCAUACGAAUCCUCCCCGGAGCCGAUCCCCCAGCUCCAGAGCUCUCUUCGUGCUCCCACUAUGGAAUCCUUUGCAGUUGUCGUCACGCCGAAAAAACGACCCCGUACCGACUCUGGUCUUAUCACACCUUCAUCCAGUCAGGACGAGAAACCUGCGAAGAGACCCGCCACAAAGGCCACCAAGAAGGUCACAAAUCCAGCCAGCAAGGGUCGCAGUAUCAAGGAACUUCUCAAAUCCACAAAGGCAGCUCCAGCCAAGGCCGCAUCAAAGACUGCAGCGAAGAGCGCACCCAAGGCUGCCCAGAAAGCUGCUCCCAAAUCUCGGGCCAAGGCAGCUGCCGCGCCAAAGAAGGGAGGCAAGGCCCCGGCCAAACCCAACGCUACUAUCACCAUGUUCAACCCCCGCGUCACGAAGAACUCCAUCGCGGCUGGCACGACCGAUACCAAGACCACAGGCAAAGCGAUGUGCCCCGUCCCAGCCGGCGCGCCAAAGAACAACGGACCUCUCUUCAAGGUCACCAGACAAUCCGGCAAAGCAGACAUCAAACUCGACUUCGAGUCUCGUCCUCAGCCCGUGGCAUCUUCCUAA